UUUCAAAACAUCAAUUUUGAAGCGCAAAAGGAAAAAAAUUAGAAGAAAAAGCUGAAGUUCUCGCUCCCCGGAGCGGACCAAGCGGCGAUGAAGCCGGUCGGUGGUACCAAAUCGAGCAUCGACGAAGAGGACCGCGCGACCGCAACGGGCACGGACGUCAAAUUGAAGGAGGAGGCUCGGCAACUCGCAGCAGAAGAAGAAGAAAUGCCGGUCGCCGACUGCGGCGGCGGCGGCGGCGGCGAGUCUGGAAUCGCCGAUGGCGGAGGCGGUAGCAGAGUGAGGGGGCCCUGGUCGCCGGAGGAGGACGCAGUGCUGACUGGACUCGUGGCUAAGUUCGGGGCGAGGAAUUGGAGCUUGAUCGCGCGUGGCAUUCCUGGACGCUCUGGCAAGUCGUGCCGGCUCCGAUGGUGUAAUCAGCUCGAUCCUAGCGUCAAGCGCAAGCCAUUCAAUGAUGAGGAGGACCUGAUCAUAAUUAAAGCUCAUGCUUUGCAUGGAAACAAAUGGGCGGCUAUAGCGAAACUCCUGCCUGGUAGAACAGAUAAUGCAAUCAAGAAUCAUUGGAAUUCUACAUUAAGGCGCAAGGGCAUAGGGCUUGGGAGGUCCCAAACCAGACCUACAGAUAUGAUGGAAGAUAGCUGGCCUGUAGAAACAAAUGCAUCUUCUGAAGAGACCAUGUCUGCAGAGGAUAGUCAAUCAAACAGGCCCCAAGAUGGAAGAGAGAUUGCCAUCGAGAAUGGACUGAAACAGAAUGAAACCGAAGCACAAAGAAGGGAUGGUCUUUCUGUUGCUGAAACAACACACAACACAGUUUCUCGGCCCCAGCCACGGGUUAGCGCAUUUAGGAUUUACAAACCAGAAAGAAACUCCUCAACUGGCUCAGGAUUUUCAAAGGAUAUGCAUGCUCAGGGACCGUCGAUGUUGGCCUUUAAAACAGAGCUUGUGGCCCACAAUUUUCUUGAUGACGCUCAUGAGGAUCUCAAGAUUCCUCCACAUUGUGGCUAUGGUUGCUGUGCUUCUCCUACUGGGUUGCAUUCUGAAAGUUCGUUGUUAGGGCCCGACUUUGUCGACUAUGAGGAACCUCCCUCCUAUUCAACCCUAGACCUGAUGUCUGUGGCCCUAGACUUGAACAAUACCGCCUGGAUUAAGACUGGCCUCGUCAACAGUGGCUCUCAAAUACCGGAGACAGGUGAAUUCCGGCGAAAAUGUCAAGGAGACACUGGUUCCUCAUACUUGGGUUUAUUUGUGCCGAAUAAAAAGACUGAGCAUACGCGCUUCGAGGAGGGAAAGGACAAGUUGGCAUGAGAGAGACAUUGCUUAACCAGAUGCAGGCCAGUCUUUUGCUGUGCCGUCCAAGGUUAAUAGUUUAAGCUGACAUUUAGUCUUCGUUUACUUUUUGGUAGUUCGAUAUGGGAGGAAGAUGAGAUUUUCAAAAGGAUGAGCUCCAUAUUUGCCUACCUGAGGCUUGAUGCAUGAAAUUCGGGAAUCUUGUUUUGUCAAUAGAUUAUCGAGAAUGGAUUUUCAUCAGUUAUAAACAUGGAAAUAUAUAUGCUUUACUUCAGAGGAUGUACAUGAAUUGGGUAAACUACAUCGAAGGAAUGACAUACAGUUAUCUUUA